AUGGUCAAUGUAACCUCAGUAAGUGGUUUCUUCCUCAUGGGAUUUUCUGAUGACCGACAGCUUCAGAUUUUACAUGCACUGCUCUUUUUGGUAACAUAUCUGCUGGCCUUGACGGGCAACCUCCUCAUUAUCACUAUCACUACCUUAGACCACCGUCUCCACUCCCCCAUGUACUACUUCUUGAAGCACCUCUCUCUCCUGGACCUCUGUUUCAUUUCUGUCACAGUCCCCCAGUCCAUUGCUAACUCUCUUACGAAUAACGGUUACAUUUCUCUUGGCCAGUGCAUCCUUCAGGUUUUUUUCUUUAUAGCUCUGGCCUCAUCCGAAGUGGCCAUUCUCACGGUGAUGUCUUACGACCGUUACGUAGCCAUUUGUCAACCACUGAAGUAUGAGAUGGUCAUGGAUCCCGCUGCCUGUAGGCGUGCAGUGAUAGCCGUGUGGACCGCAGGGGGCCUCUCUGGACUCCUGCACACGGCCGUUAACUUCUCCAUACCUCUCUGUGGGGAGAAAGUCAUCCAGCAGUUCUUCUGUGAUAUUCCUCAGAUGUUGAAACUAGCCUGUUCUUACGAAUUCCUGAGUGAGAUUGCAGUGGCCGCCUUCACAACCUCAGCAGCCUUUGCCUGCUUGAUCUCCAUCGUGCUCUCGUACGUUCACAUCUUCUCAGCAGUGUUGAGAAUCCCAUCAGCAGAAGGGCGGACCAAGGUGUUCUCCACCUGCCUACCACAUCUGUUUGUAGUCACGUUCUUCCUUUCAGCGGCGGGCUUUGAGUUUCUCAGGCCUCCUUCAGAUUCCCCAUCAGCCAUGGACCUCAUGUUCUCUAUAUUCUACACCGUCGUACCUCCGACGCUCAACCCGGUCAUCUACAGCUUGCGGAAUGAAGCCAUGAAGGCGGCUCUGAGGAAGGUGCUGUUAAAGGCCAUAUUCAAAAUCUAA